UUUUUAGACUAGAAUAACAAUUAACGUAUUUUACGAAUGGAGUAUAAAACAAUGCAAUCAUUGAGAAAUCGCACAAGAUUCAAGUGCGCAGGGUAAGCUAUCCUGCGCACCCACCCAGCAACUAGGCGGAGCUUAAAACUACCGACUAAAACCGAAGCUUUCAAAAUCCAUCCGUUAAAAACUGGUUUCCCGAUCAAAUGAACGGCCUCGAUUUCUUCUUCUCCCCCUCGCCAAUUGUCGAUACAUCCACAGGAAACAACGGCGGGGAUGAUGAUUGGGGAGAUUUCGUCGACUCUUCCGAUGCUUUCGAUUCAGAUCGCAACGGUGCUGAUUCAUCACAUAAUCGGAUCGAGUCGGAGAAGAAGAGUCAGGCGAAUUGGGUUACUUCUCGUGGUCCAGUGCCACUCUCUGUGUUCGGAGAAGAAGAAGAAGACGAUACAGAAUCAAGUGCGUCGGUUCCAUCGUUUGGAUUCUCAUUCGAUUCGUUUUCCAGUAAACGCAAUGAUAGCAACGGAUCUGUGAAUAGAGUAGUGGAUUCGAAUACAAAUCAUACUGUUGAAAUUAGUGGUUUGAUCCCAAAUCUGUAUAGAAAGAACGGACAUAGUGAUAACAAUCAUGGGAAUUCAGGUGGAUUCAAUGUAGAUCUCUCAAGUUCGAAUCGUAAAAUCGAGAAUUCAGCUGUUAGCUUGGAGACGAAUCCUUUGAAUUUGGGUACAGAAAGGUCUGUCAAGGCGAGCAAUGUGCUGAAUUCAAGUACUAUUGAGGUCACAUUGGAUCCAAAUUAUUCAGAUUUGGGAUUUGCCGAUAAAAGUGACGAUGAUCUUGAUGGUUGGGAGUUUAAGACUGCUGAGUCUAUGUUUGGAACUCUUGGUGGAAGUUAUAAGGAGGAACGAGAGAAAGCGGUCCAGAAUACAGCGGAUGUAAGUUCAGGUGUUUGGAGUUCACCUGCUAUAAAUGGAACAGGUCCAAAUUUUGAUACUGCUAAAGUAGAUGCAGUUAAGUUAGUGGCUGAACGGGAAAAUGGAGAUGAUGACCCUUGGGACAAUGGCGGAUGGGAGUUUAAGGUUGCUGAAGCGAAAGAGCCAAAGCGCGAUUUAACUAACAAGGAAUCUAACGGCUGGGGGUUCGGAUUUGGUUUUGAACCCGUUUCUAAACUUGAAACAACCAACUCUUUUCAAUCAAGUGUUGAGAAAGAGACGAAAAAGAUGGAAAAUGGCUCGAUUUCCUUUCCAAGCAAUGGAGAUGUGAAUUCUGGAGGAACUUCUUGGGCCUUUAAGCAGCCAUCUUUGGAAAUUGGAAACGAGAAAGAGGAAAAGGAAGUACAGACAGGCAAGCCCAAGGGAGUCUUGCCAUUGUCCUUUUUCGAGGAUGAGAAAUCGGAAACCUCUGACACUUUGGUUCAUGAAGAUAGUUUUGUUUUAGCCAGCGAUUUUCCUGUGAGAGAGAAAACUAAGGCUCCAAGUCCAACUGUGUCCAUCAGUGACUUAAUAUCCAGAUUAUACAGUCAGGUGGAGGAGAAGAAUGCUGUUAAUAUUUUAGAAAACUCUGCAACUGCUUCUAAUGAAGUAAAUGGUGAGGAUGAUUCAUGGGAAUUUCAGGGCCCCAAAAUGCCCAUAACAGAUUCAGGCAUAGCAGAAGGUGCUGAUGAUUUUGACAGUACUUGGGAGUUUCAAGGGCCUUCUCCAGCCUUGAAAAUGUCUGACGUCACAGAAGUUGUCGAUGAGUUUGACGAUGAUUCAUGGGAGUUUCAAGGUCCAACACAGCCUGUGAAAGAUUCCAUGUCGAGGAUAGGAGAUAAUGGUUUGUGGGAAUAUAAACAUAGUUCUGUCGAAAAUGAAGUUGGGAAUCAAUCCUCUGUUCCAAAUGGUUUUGGAGAAUUGCAUGAUAAAACAGUAAUUCGGAUAGAGCCUAAUGAUUACCAAGAUCUCUUUCAUAAGCUGAAGAUUGAAUUAUACCACAUUGCUCUAUAUCAUCUCGAGAAAUUAAAGGAAGCUCGUGACAAGGCUGCGGAUUCUGAUGAAGUUCAAAAAUGCGACAGUGAAAUCGAGGAUCUGCAAAACUUGCUGAACAAUGAUGUUUUGAUCAGUGGAGUCAACCUAGAAAGUCUUCAACCAGGAUCUUCUGGCAUGACUGAACUUUAUAAGGCUCUCCAGGAGCCAAAGUUUCGAGAACUUGAUUCAGAAGAUCUCCUGACAGAGAGAUUGUUAUCAGUUAAGUUCUGUCGGAGUUCUCGGUGCCCUGUAUAUUGAGAUGAAUGGUUUUAACGUGAAAUAUUUACACUGAAGAAAUAAUGAACAUUUUUUCAUAGGCAGAGAAGGACUGGAAAUCAACAAUCGAACUACUCAAACACGCCACACUGACCCUGAAGAUCAUAAACUUGGGUUCUCUUGAGCAACAGUCGAAAUACGCUUCAACUUGGUUUGAAAUUUCUUCGACCUGUGCUCAAGAAUUGCGACAUGCUGCAUCCAUUUGGAAGCAGGUGAUUAAAAAUGAUGUCCAAGAAGAAAUCCUAUCUAAACCUCAAGGGAAGAGCUAUGCUCUCUCAGUGGGAGAAAUUUACAGAGUAGUAAAAAUUCUGAGAGCAUCAACCAGAUUAUAUAAACCGUGGAUUUUAUUAGCUCCAACAUCAUCCAAUGUGUUGGCUGUUCUGGAUGAGUGUUUGAAGUUGUGGUUGAGCUCUGGGCUAGUAGAAGCUCUGCUGAAUAGUCAUGACGAUUCUGCCGAUCAACUUCUAGAAUCAAUCAAGUAUAUAAACGAAGUUGACGCUUUCACGCUCUACACGUGCAUCACCUCAGCCACAUCACCCACAUGUUACAUUUCUGGGCUAAAUACUGACAUAGUACCAGGAAUCAAGACGGUGGAGUGGAACGGAGAGCAUUACUUGCUACCUCUUGCGAAUAUAUGGGCCAAUCUGAUCAGCCGCGAUCCACCGAACCUUCCUGGCCACCAUUUUCCUAUUGUCUCUUAGAAUAAAGAAGAAACAUACACUACACUCAUAACUCACCCGGCAAGCUAUUCUCACCGCAGAGCAUUUUCGACCAAAACAAAUAUACACCUAUACUUAUUUGUUUAUAAUGUUUGAUUUGUUUUGGUCGUUGUAUUGUAAUUUAUAUCGAAUGGGUUUGGGUUUCAUUAAUUGAGAAUAUUCCCAGGUUUUACGGAGGAUUUAUUUUUGUAUCGAACGAAGCAAUAAGUCAGUAUAAUGAUUUCAUUUAUUUUUACAAUGUCACAGUAAAAUCUUCCAACGUAAUGGUGUUCUG